ACCUCCUCUCCAGCGUCUGCCAUCACUCUGGAAACACACAUCCUGGCGCCGUGCGAUUGGCUGUGACUGUCAGGAGGCCCCGCCCCCAGAGCAGGUGAAAGAGCGUAGACGGCGGCGGGGGUCAGUCGCCCUGCGGUGAUGACAGAAGCGAGCGCGGGCCAGCAGGAGGAGGCCCGGCGGGCCUGCAGAGGAGCGUCCAGAGAAGGAGACGAGAAGGACACCCACCUGAGCGCCGCCUCGGGUCUUAAAGAGGCCCAGGUGUCGGUCUGCGGUCCGGACGUGGACAUGGCGGCCGAGGAGCGUCAAAGAUGCGCGAGGACGCCUGGCGAGCGUCCGCAGGCGGCCGAGGCGGAGCAUCAGGAAGCCCCGGGGAGCAGGAGGGCACCUCUGGUCCGGUCAAAGACUUUGGAUCCGUGUGUGCUGAGUCAGGUCCAGAGUGACCCGGACGCCAAGCUGGACAGGAAGAAGUCUCACUCCAGCCAGCUUUCCAAAAGUAAUUGUCAAUACCAUAAAAUAUUUAAGGAGAUCAGCAAAGACGAGCAACUCAGACAAAGUUACACGUGUGCCCUGCAGAAGGACAUCCUCUACCAGGGACGGAUGUUCGUGUCGGACCACUGGAUCUGCUUCCACUCCAAAGUCUUUGGCAAAGACACCAAGAUCGCCAUCCCCGUCAUGUCCGUCACCCACGUCAAGAAGACCAAGACGGCCAUCUUGGUGCCAAACGCCGUGGUGAUUGCCACGGCGGACGACAGAUACGUCUUCGUGUCCUUCCUGUCCCGGGACAACACCUACAGGUUCCUCAUGUCCGUCUGUCUCCACCUGGAAGAGAAGAGUCCUUGCAACAGUCCCAUCCCUUCCUCAACACAGAACAACUUCAGAACGCAGAGGUCACCGCACUCACCACGCUUUCCCCUGGGUUUCCACGCUGACUUUGGCCAAUUGGACGGCACGCUGAGGGACAGGAGGCGGGACACGGAGGAGAGCAGCAGCUCCGAUUCACAAACGCCGGACGAGGAAAAGAUGGCAGACUUCCGUGUUCCGUCCUUCCUGGAGGCGUUCAAGCAGGGUGAGGUGUCAGCACCUGCUGAGCAUCAGGCCAGGAAGCAGGAGCGUGUGGACACCAAGGAGGAGGAGAGAACAUUUUCCUUCAACACCCUGCUGUGUGUAUACCUCUUCCUCGUGUGCACGCUGGUGCUGUCAUCGUGUUACCUGACCGUCAAGAUGUUCUCCUUGGAGCAGAGACUGGCCACGCUGGGCUCCAUGGCGGACUUGGCCCAGCACCAAAGGGACCUCCUGCAAGGCAGCGGCGACGUCGACGCCGACUUCUUCUCUGAGCUGCUGACCAUCAACCUGAAGAAGCUAGACAAGGUGCAGAAGAACCUGCAGAGGCUUCUGGACCAAGCCGUGUGAUAACUUCUCUUCCUGUAUAUUUGUACUAACGCUGUCAAAGUACCACCAUGCCAAUGUACUGCUGUGUACUGUGUACUUGCUGGGGGGUCAAAAUACACAAAAGGGUAACCGAC